AUGGCCAUGAAGCCGUUUUUACGAAGACAGAGUACUCUUGUUCAAGACGCGCGUCAACAAAUUGCUAAAGCCAGGGCGAAAGUGGAAGCCAAGAACCUGUACUUUUACUUGAAGCAGAACAGCGAUGAUGUUUCUACGACUCAGGAACUGUCGAUCAUCUUUCAAAUUUUGGUUGCUAAUCGAGUCGGAGUCCAGCGAUUCCGUCAAGUGGUUCCGAGAAAUCCCGGGCGGGCUUCUCUCGCGAGAAAGUUGUCGAAGGCUUCGAUUGGAUCGGAUGACUUGGAAGAUGUUUUCUUGCAAAUUGAUGAACCAAAAAAAAUUUUGUCAUCAUCUGCGACAAUCGUCGUCAUCGAAAUCAAAGCACCUGAAUUUGUGCUCGAGGGAAUCUAUCGAGCAGUAGAAGAGCAAGGAGUUAUCCGAGCGGAUGGAGCGUUCAACCGCAAGCCAGUUUCUGGGAGUUUUCCGCGAUCAAGAGCAGAUCUUUGCUGCGUCAAGGAGUUUAUCGAUCUUGCGCCAGAUCAUCCAGGAUCAAAAGACGCGGAAUAUGUAACCCGGCGAAGAAUGAUUAACGACUUGGUUCGCCAGAACUCCCACUCACUGCCAACUGUAUCUUACACCGACGAAGAAGAACUUUGCUGGAGAACGAUUUACAGCCGACUUCAAAAACUAUGGCCGACAUACGCCUGCUCGAGAUUUCAAGAAGGAUUGAAAAUUCUGGAAGAAAGCGGCGUCGUGAAGCAAAAUCAAAUUCCGAACUUGCAGCAAGUUUCGGAUUUUCUUGAAGAAACAACCGGAUUUAUUCUGAAACCAGCUUCUGGUCUUUGCUCGGCGAGGGAUUUUCUCAAUUGUUUGGCGAUGAAAGCCUUCCCGUGUACUUUAUACAUGCGUCACCACAGCGAGCCGGGCUACUCUCCAGAGCCAGACCUGGUCCACGAAAUACUUGGACACCUGUUAGAUGAUGUGGCGGAAUUCACCCAGAAAAUCGGCCUCGCGAGUUUGGUCGCCUCGGACGAGGAAAUUGAAGAACUGGCGAGGCUGUAUUGGUAUUCGGUGGAAUUUGGACUGACGCUGGAAAAUGGAGAUUUGAAGGUUUUUGGAGCGGGACUGCUUUCGUCGCCGGAUGAGAUGGAAUAUGCGGUGACUGAUGAACCCAACCAUCCUUUGAGCGUGGACACGGCCAUGGACUUGCUACGAGUGUAUUGUCAAGCGCUCAAAAACCCGGUGGUCUUUUCGUACAAUGAAGAUUUGGGUAAUCAUCAGAAAAUCGAAGCCGCGGGAUUGUUUGUUCUUUAG